GGUCCCAGACUGCAAAUCAGUCAUUUUUUCCCAAUAUUUCAGUGUAAACAAAUGAGCCGCUAGGUCUGGGAGGUUAUGGGAAGAGAGGAAACAGCGAUUGUAAUCUGUUAAAACGCACACACUUCCCCAGAAGAGACACAGAAAGAAAAAAAAGUCAGAAAAAAAUGCGGUAACUAGCUUGGCGUCACAUCCGCCUGAUCCGCCACAGAAGGGGGGAGAUUUAAUUAUCAGGCAAGUGCAGUGGGAGUCCUCACAGAGAUCUUGACAGUAAAAAAAACUUUCGGAGAUUGAGCCCGAGUUGCGACUGUAAGAGCAGUCCGUGGGCUGAGCUCGAGCUCAAUGCAAGUCAAACCCAGUCAGCGUACUCACACAUUGAGCGACGCCCUGAAUCCGUGAGCGGCUCAGCCUCAUCAGUGAGAAUUCACCUCCGCAAAAGGAUUUUGGAGAGAGAACAGGAGAAAGCGGCGCAAUACCCAACUCCUUUCGCCGGCAGCACCCCCACCAAACUUUUCCAGUUUUGUGCUAAGUUGCUGAGCCUCGGCUCGCAGUGUGAGAAGAGGACGAUGAAGGCAGCUGUCGAGCAGCCGGCUCUGACUAUAAUUAAGACGGAGAAGGCUGAUGAUCUGGAAUGUGGGGAUAUACCAUUACUGACUCCCAGCAGCAACAAGAUGAUGUCUCAAGCCCUCAAGGCCACAUUUAGUGAAUUUACCAGGGUGCAGCAGAGACUGGGAAUCCCGAAAGACCCUCGGCAAUGGCUGGAUGAGCAUGUGAGCCACUGGUUGGUCUGGGCUGUCAACGAAUUCAGCCUGAAGAAUGUAGACUUCCAUCAGUUCCAAAUGAAUGGAGCCAGCCUGUGUGCCUUGGGCAGGGACAGCUUUCUCGAACUGGCUCCCGACUUUGUCGGUGACAUCUUGUGGGAACAUCUUGAGCAGCUUCAGAAAGAAUGUCAAGAAGAUGUAAAGCCCUUUGUGGUGAAUGGAGUGGUUUCCAAUUACAAUGAUAACAGCCUCUUUACUUCCUACCCCAUGGGUUAUGGCAUCGAGCAUGCCCAAUGCGUCCCUCCUUCGGAGUAUUCAGACCCAGGAUUUAUUACAGAGUCCUACCAAACUUUGCAUCCCAUCAGCUCGGAAGAACUGCUCUCACUAAAGUACGAGGCGGAUUAUCAGGCUGUGAUCAACCGCGAUGCACCUGUGGACGCACUGCAGUCUGAGUAUUACGUCAAGCAAGAGGUGGUGUCCCCCGAUAACAUGUGUGUGGGCCGGAUCAGUCGAGGUAAGCUUGGUGGUCAGGAUUCUUUUGAAAGCAUUGACAGCUUUGACAGCUGUGACCGUUUAGCACAGUCCUGGAGCAGCCAAAGCUCUUUCAACAGCCUCCAACGAGUGCCGUCCUAUGACAGCUUUGACUCAGAGGAUUAUUCUAGCAACCUGCCCAAUCAUAAGCCCAAAGGAACAUUCAAAGACUACGUGCGAGAACGAACCGAUUUAAACAAGGACAAGCCAGUGAUCCCUGCUGCUGCUCUGGCUGGAUACACAGGCAGUGGACCCAUCCAGUUGUGGCAAUUCCUGCUGGAACUCCUGACUGACAAAUCAUGCCAGUCGUUUAUCAGUUGGACCGGCGAUGGCUGGGAAUUCAAACUGGCAGAUCCCGAUGAGGUUGCCAGGCGAUGGGGAAAAAGGAAGAAUAAGCCAAAGAUGAACUACGAGAAGCUGAGCAGAGGCCUACGUUAUUACUAUGACAAGAACAUCAUUCACAAAACAGCAGGCAAGCGCUAUGUGUACCGGUUUGUUUGUGACCUCCAAAGCCUGCUGGGUUACACACCAGAGGAGCUACAUGCCAUGCUGGAUGUUAAACCAGAUUCUGAUGAGUAAGGAGCAGCCACUUAUAGGACCGAAUUGUAGGCUGCGCUCACAUACAGGACUUGUAUAUGAUUUGUUUGCUUAAGCUUCAUAUAGAAAGUCAAGAUUCAUCGCUUUGAAGACAAGCAUUGGACAUCAAUGCACAAUUCCUCAAAAGCAAACAAAACCAGUUGUUUCUUCUUUAAAAAAAUAUUGUUUUUGGUUUUCUAAACUUUUUUCCUGCCUUACAAGUUGGACAGUACAAGGAUUGCAUUGACAUAAAACAUUGUGGGAUAUGGAGCAGGCACACUUAGCACAAGAAACAUCAUUACCACCAAUGGACUGUUGUGUGGUUGUUGGUGUCCAUGUCCAUUAAUGGCCUUGGUCACAUCAGUGGACUGAAGCUGGUGUCUCAGGAAAUUCACUGUGUUCCUUCUGUGCCAGUAGUUUUGUCUUAAGCUCAUACCUAAGUUGACCUCAGUAUUUUCAGUAUUGUAUAGACCCUUGCCAGCUGUUUUGACGAAGUGUUCAAGGUCUGUAGAACACAUCAGGAUGUUUGACUGAGGAACUGAAAACAGGCAGUGACCAACUGAAGUUCCAAAAACCAUCUCAUAAGCCAAGCCAGCUGGAAUCUGCGUUUCACUAUUUGUCCAGUGUGGGGUCCAUUGCAUCAUUUAUUAUCUUUAAUUAGGGAAUAGUCAAUGACAGUAGGAAAGGUGAGGGGAAACCCUGAAGCAUUAUACAGUACCUGGGUCCAGCUCAAAGACCUAGUAUGCCACUGUCUGCCUCACAGCCUCAUGCCUCUAAAGCUUUGCAUAUGAACUGAGUUAAGGCAGUUCCUAUCUAACUGCUCCCUGAUACUGUUUUAUAUAUAUAGAAUAUGUGCUGUGGUAUAUUCUGUGUAACUACAUAACCUGUUGGGACAGUGUUUUUGAAAAGCUACUUGGAAAAGCAAGUCUAAUAUUGGCCUCAGUUAUCCCAGGAAGGUCCAAGGAAGUGAGGGAGCAUUGGGAUCAGGAAGAAUCUUAUACAGUUCACUGCAUUCAAAUUUGUUCAGACAAAUGAAGGACAGCAAUGUUUUCCAGCCUCACAACUCUGAAUUGUUCUGAGAUAGAGUGUUUAAUCUGCAAGCGUGAUAGAUGGUUCCUUGAAUUGAUGGACAUUUCAACCCUUCAAACUUUCCACAGUGGAGGAAGUGGACUGAAAAUCUGUUUUUGAAGAGUUGAAGUUGAACUUGAGGAGGAAUUCCAUUGUUAAGGCCAAGCAAGGCCAUGCCAGUAUUUCUGGUGACUUUUCUCACUUAUCCAGGAGGCUUUAUGCUCACUAUUUCUUUGCUGUUAUCUGUAAGCCAAAUAUUAUUAUGUGCCUUCACUUUUGAAGGUUUUUGCAUUGUAGAUGUUUUCUGGCAUUCACUGCGUGACUUCACUUCAAGGUUCUUUCCUCCUUUUUCCUGGCCACAUUGUUAAAGAUAUGUUUGUACCAACCAUGGGUAAGUGAUGUUGCACCAUCUGUGAAAUGUCUCUGAGCAAUGCCUUCAAGUACUAAUGUCUGAACACACUGCGAGUCUGUCAGUGAAGAGCUGAGAUCUUACAGCGUAUAAAAUGUCAGUUGGGUGAUUCACAGUUACUCGGUCCACAAGAUUACUUUACUCAGAACAGUAAGAGCAUGUGUGAAAUCCAUUAGUCUCCGCUAAUGAGAAAUGAUCUUUGCUCUUAAACUAGUUUUUCUCCAGAUUAUUUGUUUGUAAAAGUUGGAUGAGGGAUAAAUAUUAGCCUGGUCUGCAGAUGUUUUUUACUGCAUACAAUGAGUUUUAAUGUUCAGUGUUUCCAGAAAGGUUGGAUUAUUAAGUAAAAAUAAGAAAAGCAAUAUCGUACUGUGGACAAUUCUUUGGUAUAUUUAUAUAUCACUAGGGUGGCUAAGACUUUUGCACAGUUCUGUAGUAAUUUUAUGUAUCACACUGUACUGCUACCAGAAAAAAAACAAAUUUCAUGACAUAUGUGAGUGAUGAUAAACCUGAUUCUGAUAUGGGUCUCUAUUGUGGGCUGAGAGUGG